GGUGGGCGCGUGAACCGAGCAGGGGCGGCGCGAGCUUUUUUAGUGCUCGGCUAGCAAAGCAAGCAAGCACGCACACGUACCUCCGCCAUGGCUCCCUCCACUCCCGGCGUCCUCCUCCUCCUCCUGCUGCUGAUAAGCCUCCAACACUUCACGGACGUUCGCGGAACCAAGACCGAAUGUGAGGCCAACCAGUUUCAAUGUGAAAAUGGGCGGUGCAUCACAUCUGUUUGGAAGUGCGAUGGAGACGAGGACUGCUCUGAUGGCAGCGAUGAACGUUCAUGUGUUAAAAAGGUUUGUCCAGCGUCUGACUUUGUAUGCAAUAAUGGCCAGUGUGUUCCAAAGCGAUGGCACUGCGAUGGGGAGCCAGACUGCGAGGACGGGUCAGACGAGAGCGUAGAAAUCUGCCACAUGCGAACAUGCCGUUUGAAUGAGUUAAGCUGCGGAGCAGGCACCACUCAGUGUAUCCCCAACUUCUGGAAAUGUGAUGGUGAAAAAGACUGUCACAAUGGAGAGGAUGAAGUUGGCUGUGGUAACAUAACUUGCGCUCCAAAUGAAUUCACUUGUACCAGUGAACGCUGCAUCUCUCAAAACUUUGUAUGCAAUGGCGAGGAUGACUGUGGUGAUGGCUCGGAUGAGGUGGCGUGUGCGCCGUCCUCCUGCGGUCCCAGUGAAUUCCAGUGCGGAAACUCCUCAUGCAUCCCUGUUAGUUGGCUGUGUGACGAUGAUGUUGACUGUCAGGAUCAGUCGGAUGAGUCUCCAACACGUUGUGGGCGUCACCCAACACCACCAGCCAAAUGCUCAAGCAGUGACAUGCAAUGCCGUUCUGGAGAGUGUAUUCACAUUAGAUGGAGGUGUGACGGAGACUCUGACUGCAAAGAUGGCAGCGAUGAAGCAAACUGUCCUGUACGCACCUGUGGAGCAGAUCAGUUCAAAUGUGAUGAUGGGAACUGCAUUCUGGGCAGCAGACAAUGUAAUGGCAUCAGAGAGUGCACCGAUGGAUCAGAUGAAGUCAACUGCAAAAACUUGACUCAGUGUAACGGACCAGAGAGGUUUAAAUGUCGCAGUGGGGAGUGUAUCGAGAUGAGCAAAGUGUGCAACAAGGCCCGAGACUGUCCUGACUGGAGCGACGAACCUAUCAAGGAAUGCAAUGUCAACGAGUGCCUAAUGAACAAUGGUGGUUGUUCACACAUUUGCAAGGACAUGGUCAUUGGCUUUGAGUGUGACUGCAUACCUGGACUGCAACUCAUCGACCUCAAGACCUGUGGCGACAUUAAUGAAUGUCUAAACCCUGGCAUCUGUAGUCAGAUCUGCAUCAACCUGAAAGGAGGAUACAAGUGUGAAUGCCACAAUGGGUACCAGAUGGAUCCAACUACAGCGGUCUGUAAAGCUGUGGGUAAGGAACCCAGUCUGAUUUUCACCAACCGCCGUGAUGUCCGUCGUCUGGGUCUGGAGAGGAAGGAGUACACUCAGAUUGUGGAGCAGCAGAGGAACACUGUAGCUCUGGAUGCAGAUUUUGGCCAGCAAAUUAUGUUUUGGGCUGACCUGGGACAAAAGGCCAUAUUGAGCACUAUGCUGGACAAACGAGGCGAUGUGAGCAUCCACCACAAAGUGAUCGAAAACGUCCACUCUCCUGUGGGAAUUGCUGUGGAUUGGAUAUAUAAAAACUUAUACUGGUCUGACCUUGGCACCAAAACAAUCUCUGUAGCAAACUUUAAUGGAACCAAGCAGAAAAUUUUGUUUAACCGAGGCCUGAAAGAACCAGCUUCCAUUGCUGUGGAUCCUCUCUCUGGGUUUCUAUACUGGUCUGACUGGGGUGUACCAGCAAAAAUUGAGAAGUCUGGUAUGAACGGAGUAGAUAGGCAGAUUCUGGUAGCAACAGACAUCCAAUGGCCAAAUGGAAUAACCCUUGAUCUAAUCAAAGGCAGGCUGUAUUGGGUCGAUUCAAAGCUACAUAUGCUCUGCAGUGUUGACCUGAACGGAGACAACAGGAAGAAAGUACUGCAGUCUUCAAACUACCUUGCUCACCCCUUUGCUCUCACGGUUUUUGAGGAUCGUGUCUUCUGGACAGAUGGUGAGAAGAAAGCUAUUUAUGGUGCAAACAAAUUCAGUGGCUCAGAUGUUGUGACACUAGCCAACAACCUGAAUGAUCCACAGGACAUCAUAGUGUAUCAUGAGCUGAUACAGCUAUCUGGAACUAACUGGUGUGCAGAGAGAGGUGAAAACGGAGGAUGUAGUUUUAUGUGUCUGCCUGCACCACAAAUCAACAAACACUCCCCCAAAUAUACAUGCCUUUGUCCAGAAGGGCAGGAACUCACUGCCGACGGCCUACGUUGCAAGCCUGAAGCCGAUGUGAGUACAUCAAUCCAGGUAAACUCCACAACCAGAGGUUCUGCGGCAGCUUGGGCCAUAGUACCUGUGUUGCUGUUUGCCAUGGCGGCGGCAGGUGGCUAUUUAAUGUGGAGAAACUGGCAGCUAAAGAACCAAAAAAGCAUGAACUUUGACAACCCAGUCUACCUGAAGACCACAGAAGAAGACCUCAACAUAGAUAUCACACGGCACAGCACAAAUGUGGGGCACACAUACCCAGCGAUUUCAAUAGUGAGCACAGAAGAUGAUUUAUCGUGACCUUCUUGGUGUUUUUUUUUUUUUUUUCCUUUUUGUUAAUGGUAGCUCAUGGCAGCACAUGGCGCCUCCUUGUUCCCAUGCCGAUGGUUGUCCAACCAACCGCCUGGCUCUCACAACAACCAUACGCACCAUGAAGUGCAUUAUGUAUUAUCUGUGGUGAAAGUAACCGAAAGAAAUGUUAUUUAUUAUGUAAAUACUUGGAUUUUUUUUCUCCCAAUCUUGUUUUUGAGCUUCUGGUAAUUGCCCAUCUCUCUUGCACUGCUGCUGACUUAAAGGGGUUUGUCAGUAUUGUUUGCAGUAAAUGUCAGUUAGUUCCUCCAGUUUGAUCUUUUGUUCACAGCUUUUGGAGGUUUUUUUUGGUCGGAUGGAUAGAGGCUUCAUCCUCCUCACUUGAUAAGUCUGCUGGGCAGGUUUUACAAUUUGAUUACAUCUUUCAACCCUGGAGGCUCAGUUGUUUAUUCAAAUCAUGUCUUCAUUUCUGCUAGAGCUAGUCAACUUGUUCAUUUUUUUUCUGCUACUUUAGUGUUUUUGGCGAUUUCAGAGUCACCACCUUUUCAGCAUUUGUAAACCUUGUACAUUUUAAGCUGUCAUCUCAGAGACUUGAUUGUCAAUCAGGAUUUUAUUCAAUGCACUUUCUGAUGAAAUGUUCUCUGUAAAUAAGAUUGUAUACAUUUGACAUGAAAUCUUUUUUGCUAUAAUUGGGGUUAAAUUUCAAAUUUAUUUAACGGAAAGGAAAAAAAAAAUUUGUUACAACUAUUUUGUAUGUGUGCUGUGGAUGUGGACCUUUUCUAUCCUUGUACAGUGGUUUAAAUACUUGAAAGCUCUGUAUCUGUGUGUGGGGGGGGGGA